AUGAGCAGCAGCUGCAACAACACGAUGUUAAAGGAUUGUGAAGUUGAAGUCUGUUCCAAAGAAGAAGGCUAUGUAGGCGUUUGGUUUCGAGCCGUCUUAGAGGAGAACCCCACCAAGUCCGGACGGAAGAAGAAGCUCCGUGUCCGCUACAAGACUCUGCUAAGCGACGAUGGUGAUGACUCUCCUCUUACCGAACUCGUCGAGCUGAGAUUCAUCCGGCCAAUCCCGCCGGAGGAUAUGCAAAACGGCGUCGUUUUGGAGGAAGGAACGGCGGUUGAUGCGGAUCACAGAGAUGGGUUGUGGACCGGUUUCAUCUUGAAGAAGAAAGAAGAGGGCGAGAAGUUUCUUGUUUACUUCGAUUCACCACCUGAUAUCAUGGAGUUCGAGAGGAACCUGCUGCGUCCUCAUCUUGACUGGGUCGAUUCAAAAUGGGUCACGCCCGUAAAGAAGGAACUGGAUAACUCCGUGUUGUUUUGCUCGGGAGCAACGGUAGAAGUGUGUUCUGUCAAAGAUAAAGCGUGGUACCCGUCAUUGCUGGUUACAGAUAUUGAAGAAGAAGAUGGUGAGAAGAAGUUCAUUGUCAAGGACUUCAAUAAGCGGUUGAGCAGCUACAUUGAUGGUGAGUCAACACCAACCACAGCUGUUGAUGCUUGUCGGGUUAGACCCGCACUGCCUCCUUCCUCCUUUGGACAGUUCCAGGUGAUGGAACGUGUGGAGGUGUUGCGUGGUUCCGGAUGGUGCCAAGGGUUGGUGCAGAAGAUUCUCUCCGAGGAACGUUACUGGGUUAGUUUAGAAGUUAGCAAGGAGGAAUAUGUAUUUAAACACUCGGAGGUUCGACCCUUAAUGGUGUGGGAGAAUGGGAGAUGGCGUAACAAAUCUAAGACUCCUUCCAACAUCUUAAACAAGAAUCCAGUGCACUCUUGUUCUGGUCCUCAGCCAUUCACCAGAGUUGAAGAAACUGUGGCUGCCACUGUAGAGUUGAGAAAGAAGAAGAAGGCUGAUGUUGUUAUUAGUGAUAAAACUCAUGAGGUCACAACCCCAAUUGCAACACCGUUGAAACAAACAAAGGCCAAAACUGUUGGAAAUACAUCCCCCAUGAAGGCACCUGAGCUAGUGAUGAAUCUCAAUGAUUUUGGAAACGAUUCAACUCCACAUAAGACGCAUGAGGAUGAGAACAGCGAAGCUAAGAGUAGGAAAAGGAAAAGGGAACAAGUUCAACAACUGUCGAACCUGAAUGAAGAGGCUGAUGGGAAUACCAACACUUCAACUGCUGAGAUCAGUGAUACAACAAGUAAAAGUAUGUGCCACGGUAGUGAAGUUGUUGAUCAGCCUCAGCCUCUCUCUGUUUGGAUAGGAAACUCAUCUACUGAGCUGUCCCCUGAUCAGAGCUUAAAUUUGGUGAAAAAUUCUGCUGCUGCUUGUACUGAGGAAACACCAGCCAAAGACACCACCCUAAUGGAUUUGCCUUUCACAAAGAAGUCACCAUAUUGGAAGAUCUGUGAGUCAUCAGACGAUUUCAAGUCUGUUCCGCAACGGCCUCACUUUAGACCAUUGGUUGAAUCUAUGGAGGAUCUCGAUCACCGUGAGUGGUUUGCCUCUGGCAUGACGAUGGCCUUUUAUGACUUGCUAAAAGUAGUGAAGGGUCUGAAGCUUGAUGAUUCCAUAACCACGCUCAACGAUCUCAGCGUGUCCUUUGCCAAACUAGAGAAGCAUGGUUUCGAAGUUGAAGCUCCUCAAGCAGUUAUCAGCAAAGUCUUGUCUCUCAAAGAUGUGCUAGCUUAGAAAGCAGAGGAACACAAGUGUUUGGAGGACAGCAUUGAAGAGGAAGAGAGUGCAAGUCUCAAGUUAGAAGAAACGACGCUUGAGUUGAAAGGCAAAAUCAGUGAGCUGCAACGCAAAAUCAGUGAGCUGCAAUGCAAAACCAGUGAGCUGGAGAGAGAAGAUGCAGUUGCGAGAAAGAAUAAGGAAGCAGCCGAGGAGAAGAUAGCUGACAUGAAGGCACAUGUUAGCCAAGAGAUUGAAGAUGUGGAGGCUGAGUUUCAGAAAACUAUAUCAGCUCCAUGGUGACAAGUUAUAUAUAACCUCUCCCUAUUUUGGUAAAUGAAACGAGUAGAUGAAGUUGGUAAGAGACUAUGUCUGAGAUUGUUGGCUACCUCUUAUGGUUUGUGUUUUAAGCUUUUUAAA